CACAUUUUGCCCAGACAACUGUUAUUGCUCGUUAACUCUCUCACUCACAUCAAUACAGUUUGAAGCAGAAGUGCCUACUCCAACAAUAUGUCGGGCAGCACACCAAAGUCGAUGUCAAAUCGGCUCAUGACAAUGAAGUUCAUGCAGCGCUCAGCAGCAAAAAACGUAGCGUCCUCACCAACAACACCAAACGGCCCCGCCUCAAAGAAAGUGCGACUCUCCAAUGGUAGUUCGGCUGCUGCCGACCAACAGAUCUUGCAAUCGGCGCUCGCCGAAGAAGCGAAAAAGCAACAAGAGGCGCUCGACAAAGCUGCGCAAUACACAGGCGAAACAAAGUGGGUGCUCAGCUACAGGGAUCCACUAGAAGGCAAGCGAGGUGAUGCUCUCAGCGUCAGACAGGCAGGGUUCGCAGAGCUCGAUGCAGAGGACAGCGAAGACGAGGACGACGGGCCAGCGCAACCAAUAAGAAAACAGUACGGCGGUGGUGUAAAGCAGGCAGACGUAUGUUGCAAGAAGGCACCAAGCUCUAGCAUUGCGCGCUGACAAAAAACAGAAACCUGUGUUUGAGAAACCAGACGGCUCCGAAGGCGAGACCGAAUCCUCCUCUGAAGACGAAUACGAUUCGGACGAUCCGACCGCCGAGCUCAUACGCGAGACGAAGCGAGAAAUGUCUUCCAAGAAACGAGAAUCGCGAAAGAGCCUGGGGGGUGCAUCGCCGAGAGGAGCUUCCAGACUGGUCAACGAAGACGCCAACCUCGAUCGCUUAACCUCGCUGAGCGGAAGUCGCAAGCCUGCAGGGCGUGACAUGAGCAACAUGGAGUGCUUCAAAUGCGGGCAGAAGGGCCAUGCGAAGGCAGAUUGCCCGAACCCUGGGCGAGGCUCUGCUGGACGAGGCAGAGGUCGAGGCGGACGAAGGUAAAGAAGACGCCACGUACCUCAUAUACCUCCAACCAACCCGGACGCCUGGCGGUAUCUGGGCC